CUGCCCUAAAAACGAGACCGUAAAAUUAAGAAAAUCAUUAAAGGGAUUUUAUGCCAUAUAAAAUAAAGUGGGUAGUUGCAAUAUCCAGACAAAAUGUGAAGAACCGAUUAAUAUUAAUUUACCAAAUAGUCCGGAGUAUGGGGAAAGUUUAAAACAGAAGAAGUGAAAUUUCUCUCGCAUUUCUUGCACCAACGCGACGUGAACCGAUCUAUUCAAGUUCAAGACGCCGGUAGAUUUGUGCGUGGUGAAGAAAGUGAGGUGUUUCCGUUCGAAAUAUGCAAUUAUGGUAGUUUUAGUGUUAUUGGACCAUUUUUACGUCUUCUUUUACUUGUUUUUCUACAUUUUUUUCAACGUUGUGAGUUACAUGAUUUACGAAGGCGUUAAUUUGGACGAUGUGGCUCGCUAUUCUUCGCUGGUGAAAAUCUUCUUGUAAAUAUCGCAGUGGGAAACGUCUUAGUGAAAGUGGUUAUUAACGACGUAACCCAAACACCUCGCGGCUGAGUGAAAUUCGGUUCAUCGACUCUAACAAACAUUAAAGAUGGAAAGUGCUCUGAUGGAGGCUGGAAUUAUUUUCCUGACGAUCGUCUCCUUUGUAUACUUAUAUUUCAAGCACGCCUACACGUACUGGAAAGCCCGAAACGUCCCCCAACUCUCGCCCACGUUCCCUUUUGGCGACAUGGCCAGCGUCAUUUUCAGACGGCACAACAUGGGAGAUAAAAUCAAAGAAAUUUACGAUGAGACGAAAGCGCGGGGGCACAAAUACGUCGGAUUGUACUUCUUCAGCAGGAAGGCCUUCCUGCCGAUUGAUCCGGUCUUGAUCAAGAAAAUUCUCGCGCCGGAUUUUCAGCAUUUCCACGACAGGGGAAUCUAUUACGAUGAAGAGAAUGAUCCGAUAAGUGCGCAUCUGUUCUCGCUCGCUGGACCCAAAUGGAAGAAUCUGAGGGCCAGAUUAACACCGGCUUACUCGCCGGGCAAAUUGAAAUUUAUGUUCGAUACGGUCCUGGCCUGUGGGGAGGAGAUGGCCGACAUUCUUAAGGAGAUCGCGAAACGCGAAGGGAAGGUCGAAAUCAAAGAGAUUCUGGCGAGAUAUAGCACCGACGUAAUCGGGUGCUGCGCCUUUGGCAUCGACUGCAAUAGCAUGCGUAACCCAACGGCCGAAUUCCGUUUAAUGGGCCGUCGCGCUUUCACCCAAACAAUCGGCGAUGUGCUCAAAAUGAUAGUCAUCCGAAGCUUUCCUCGUUUGGCUAAGCUCCUGGGUUUCGGUGUAUUUUCCCCUACCGUCACUGGUUUCUUUCAACGGGUCGUAAACGAGACGAUUCGCUAUCGCGAAGAAAACAACGUCACUAGAAACGAUUUCAUGCAGUUGCUAAUUCAACUCAAGAACAAAGGAAAAUUAGAAGGCGACGGAGAAGAGAAAGACGGGGCGCCGGCCGUCGGGACGUCUUUGACGCUGGACGAGGCCGCAGCGCAAGCCUUCAUUUUCUUCUUGGCUGGAUUUGAGACGACGUCCACAACAAUCAGCUUUGCGCUGUUUGAGAUGGCCCGAAAUGAAAGCAUACGCACCAAAGCACGGACCGAAAUUAACAAAGUGCUGGGAAAGCACGGAGGGAAGCUGACUUAUGAGGCCACGAUGGAAAUGGAAUAUUUGGACACUGUUAUUUCUGAAACGUUACGUAAAUAUCCCCCAGCACCGGUGUUUUUGCGAAAAUGUACGAAAACUUAUCGCGUGCCAGACACGGAUGUCAUAAUAGAAGAGGGUUUAUCGGUGUUGAUCCCAGCUUAUGGAUUACACAGAGAUCCUGAAUAUUUUCCAGAUCCUGAGACGUUCGAUCCUGACAGAUUUAAUGAAGACAAUAGGAGCAAAAUAUGGGAUUAUACCUACAUCCCUUUCGGUGACGGACCUCGUAUUUGCAUUGGUAUGCGUUUCGCCAUGAUUCAAAUCAAAAUCGCAUUAGCGUUGAUCCUGAAAUCCUUCGAAUUUCCUCUGAGUGAAAAAACAAUUCUACCGAUGAAAAUGGAAAAUUCCGGCAUAAUUUUGGCCCCGAUCGGAGGAAUAUGGUUGAAUCUGAUUCCGUUGGAAUAAAACGACCAAUUUAAAA